AUGGAAGGCGACUGGCGCGAGGUCCAGAAGCGGCUUCUGAUUGAAGAAAGCGAUGCCUGGUUUGACCGCCAUGGCAUGCGGGUGCAGCUUCUGCGGCUGCCCCUCUCGCUGCCCCCAAACUGCAACAAUUGGGCAGAUGUAGCGGCGCAGCUGCAGCAGCAUCCUCUCCACUUGAAGCUCCUAAACCACCAGCGACUCCUUGCGAGAAGAAUAAAGGCUAACUGGAGCUUCUCAGCAUCCGUACGGAACUGCCCCAGUGAUCCGCGCAACCGCCACUUGCCCUUCAGGCUGCAGCCGCUGCCGCGUGCUGUUGCUGCUGAGUUGCCGCAGCUGAGUCGUGAGUUGUUGUGCGAAGACUUCGAUGGUUUGCUGCUGACAGUUCACAGCAAGCAGGUCCGCCCUAAGCCUCCUUCUUCGGCAAAGAACGCGGUGCCGAACACUGUGGGCCUGUCGAAGGUGUUUGGCGGCUGUCUAAUCGAAUCUCUUGCCUCCAAUGAGCGGCAGCUGCGCGCCUUAUGGGUAAACCAUCGGCUGUCAGCCCGAAGCACGCGGCUGCUGCUGCAGGUAAUGCUGCCUCGUGCUGUUGUGGAGGCGUUUGCGCUGGAAGCGUUCACGUAUGUUCCUUCGCCGCUGCAGCAGCAACAGCCGCAGCAGCAGCAGCAGCAGCAGCAGCAAACAAGGGUCCAAAGCUUCAAAUCCGUUUUCAUAGACAGAAGAGACCUCGACCUGUGGCCUAGGCAGUGUUGGAUGCUCCUGCCAGCCAUCAAGAACGUACGAAAUGGCAUUCUAAUGCACCAGCAGCAGCAGCAGCAGCAGCACGGAGCAGAGUUUUCUCCCGCGUUAUUCGGGUGGCCGCUGCACUACGACAUAAAGGGGAAAGCUGCUGCAGUUCAUCUGGAUGCUGGGGUUAGCGAAAGUCUGACUUGUAGCUGUCAGCUGUCGCGAACUUGCCUCCGCCCGAGCGAACAAGCCACUGUGGAUCGCUUUCUGAUGGUGACAGAGCCUCUCUUGCAUUUGCUGCUGCCUCCUCGCUCUGAGCGGCGCAGCCUGAAGAUUGACGGGCACCCGCUGUUUUGCCGGCAGGGCCAGAGUCCUUGCAGUUCGUCUGCUCCAGCAAAGAAGAGACCGGGACGAAAGCGAAAGCGCAGUCCUCAAGAGUCUCUUCAAGGAGAUCCUUUGGUCGGAGAAAGAAAGGGAUGGAGAGAAUUCAUAGGCAGCGAUCGAGACGAAGAGCUCGCCAGAGAGGCCGCCUGCCUGCUGACAGGAUGUGCUUACUCUCCGCCGCCUUCUCUCUUCAGCAAAGAAGAUGAAUGGUGCGGGCUAACUCCAGAAGAUGUUCUGCAUUUGGUUUCGGACUGCGAGCUGGAGGAGUCCGCAGAUGACUCGCCGGGUGCGCGGUCACCCGCCGGCCUACAGACCAAAUCAUCGGCGGCAGGCCGGCAGACCAAGCAGGGGGCUGCUUCACGCCAGUCGACACAGAAGCCGAGCACUGGGGGAUCGUCAGCUGUCAAGACACCCCAACGUCCCCCCGCUCACUCGAGCCGACCCGCUGGCCGCAGCCGCUCCACUGCAGGGUCACCCACGACCGAUGACGCUUCUCCUAGACGGGGAGGGUUUCUUCCGGAGGGCUCUCUACAAGCCCAGGCUUCCUCACAUUCUCAGCAGAGCCCUACCGACUGCGGUGUUCGAGGCAGUCAGGGCUCGAGAAAAUCAGUUGCACAGGAGAGUCUCCUUAAGGAACCGGCGAAGGGGUCGCUGGUUGCUGGACCUGGUUUGAAUGAGGAAGGGGAGGUCGGGGGCGGC